AUGACUGCGGCCGUACAUCACAACAUCCGAGAGUCUCGUCGGAACCGGUUCCAGGACAUUCCAACUUCUUGUAACCAUCAAUUUAUUGCGGGAAAUUGUCUUUUUUCAUCCCGCGAGAACUCCAUUUCAUUGUUAAUACCAUUGUUGUGGUGUAUACAACUUCCUCGCUCGUUGCCUCAACCGUCUACUUUUUUUCCCUCAACAUUUCGCCAAAUGUCCGCCACGAUGAGAUCGACCGGGUUGGUCCGCGGAACUCCUGCUUUCCGGUCUGCACUUCUUGCCCGUAACCGCUCCAGCGCUUUGAGUCCGGCCUCCGUGGCAGCCCGCAACCUCCUCCGAAAUGGCCGUGAUCUUCCAUCUCAGAUCUCAGCGCUUGCCGUCCUGAUCCCUCAGCGAGGUUACUCAACCGAACAGUCUACAUCCAACUCUUCCCAAAAUUUCCCACCUCCCGGGUUCAAUGCCGAGCAAGCGAAGAAGCCUAUUGCCGAGGGUCAGACUGCGCAAUCGCAACAAACCGUUUCCAAGACUCAGUCCACCGGUGCCGAGUCAGAAGCCAAGAAGACCGAGGCUGCUGGAACCACCGCGAAGACCAACCCGGACGAACAGAAAGCCGUCGAGAAGAAGAGCGCCAAAAAAUUGACGCUUGGACAGAAGAUCAAGAAAGAGGCGCAGCACUACUGGGAUGGCACAAAGCUCCUUGCUACAGAGGUUAAGAUCAGUUCCCGGUUAGCAUUGAAGAUGGCUGGUGGCUAUGAGCUCAGUCGCCGCGAGAACCGUCAGCUUCAACGCACCACUAAAGAUUUGGGACGUCUGGUUCCUUUCUCGAUGUUCCUCAUUGUUCCCUUUGCCGAAUUGCUUCUCCCCGUCGCCCUCAAGAUCUUCCCCAACAUGCUCCCCAGCACCUACGAGGGCCAGAAGGCUCGCGAUGCCAAGGCUUUGAACCUCAGCUCUACCCGUAAAGAAGUUUCCGGUUUCCUGCGCAACACUUUGCGUGAGACUGGUUUGCCUUUGAACGCCGCAACAGUCAAGAACGACGAGUUCGCGGACUUCUUCCGCAAGAUCCGCACCACCGGUGAAUCGCCCUCCACCGAGGAUGUUAUCAAGGUCUGCAAAAUCUUCAAGGAUGAUCUGACUCUCGACAACCUGUCCCGGCCUCAGCUGGUCGGCAUCUGUCGUUACAUGAACCUCAACACCUUUGGCACAGACGCCAUGAUCCGCUACACCAUUCGUCACCGCAUGCGCCAGAUCAAGCGCGAUGACCGUGCGAUCUUCUAUGAGGGCGUUGACUCCCUCUCCGUUCCCGAACUCCAGAUGGCUAGCGCCUCCCGCGGAAUCCGCACGCACGGUGUGUCCCCAGCACGUUUGCGUGAGGAUCUCGGUAUGUGGCUUGAGCUCCGUUUGAAGCAAGGUGUACCCUCGACUCUGCUUGUUCUGAGCAACGCCUACCUCUACACACAGGGUGGCAAGGAGUCUGAGAUGGCCUCUCAGAUCGACGCUCUCAAGUCUGUGCUUUCUAGUAUCCCCGAGGAGCUGUUCCACGAGAUUGAGCUCGAGGUGCACAAUGCCGAGGGUGCUGCUACCAACAAGCAGCGUCUUGAGGUUAUCAAGGAGCAGGAGGAGCUCAUCGAGGAGGAGAAUGAGCAGAACAGCGAGAACGAGGGCAAGGGUGUUGCCGCGCCCAAGGAUAUCGAGGAUAUCGAUGAGAAGGAGGAGGCUAAGCAAGACCUCGUCUCAAGCGAGUCCAAGCAGUCCGAGGAGGCUAGCGAGGCCAUCGCAGAAGGUGAACGCGCUGCCAAGACCCCCGAAUCCAAGGACGCGAAGAAGAGCGAGAGCUCUUAA